UUCUGGGGCAAAACGAUGCCCGUUUGUGUGCUGAGGUCCCUUUGUUGGGGGGAAACGGGACCCAUUUGGGUGCUGAGGUCCCUUUUUUGGGGCAAAACGACACCCGUUUGGGUGCUGAGGUCCGACCGCUUUCCCCCCUUGUUUUUGGGGAGAAACGGGACCCGUUUGGGUGCUGAGGUCCCUUUUUUGGGGCGAAACGGGACCCGUUUGGGUGCUGAGCCCCCCCCGUCCCGCAGGCUGGCGGGCGCGGGGGGCCGCAAGAAGGUGUUCCGCCUGAGCGACGUGGUGAAGCCGCUGAGCGACGUGCAGGUGGAGAAGCUGAAGCUCGGCGCCGUCACCCGCAUCCUGCGCGCCGAGCGCGCCGUCGCCUGCAGCGGGGCCGCCCAGGCUCGCGUGAAGAUCCUGGCGGCGCUGGUGACGCGCUUCGAGGUGCCGCUGCAGAGCGAGCUGCUGGCCUUCGUGCUGGAGGACGUCCGCGGGCGCCUCGACCUGGCCUUCGCGUGGCUCUUCCAGGAGUACAACGCCUACCUGAGCCGCGGGCCCCCCGGGCUGCAGCGCUACGACGAGUGCCUCAUCGGGCUCCUCUCCGGCCUCCAGGAGAAGCCCGACCAGAAGGACGGGAUUUUCACCAAGGUGGUGCUGGAGGCGCCGCUGAUCACCGAGAGCGCGCUGGAGGUGAUCCGCAAGUACUGCGAGGACGAGAGCCGGACCUACCUGGGCAUGUCCACGCUGCGCGACCUCAUCUUCAAGCGGCCGUCGCGGCAGUUCCAGUACCUGCACGUGCUGCUGGACCUCAGCUCCCACGAGAAGGACAAGGUCCGGCAGCAGGCGCUGCUGUUCAUCAAGCGCAUGUACGAGAAGGACCAGCUGCGGGACUACGUCGAGAAGUUCGCCCUCAACUACCUGCAGCUCCUGGUGCACCCCAACCCGCCCUCCGUCCUCUUCGGGGCCGACAAGGACACCGAGGUGGCGGCGCCGUGGACGGAGGAGACCAUCAAGCAGUGCCUCUACCUCUACCUGGCGCUGCUGCCCCACAACCACAAGCUGAUCCACGAGCUCGCCUCCGUCUACACCGAGGCCAUCGCCGACAUCAAGCGCACCGUGCUGCGGGUCAUCGAGCAGCCGAUCCGCGGGAUGGGGAUGAACUCGCCCGAGCUGCUGCUGCUGGUGGAGAACUGCCCCAAGGGCGCCGAGACGCUGGUGACGCGCUGCCUGCACAGCCUGACCGAUAAAGUGCCGCCCUCGCCCGAGCUGGUGAAGCGCGUCCGGGACCUGUACCACAAGCGGCUGCCGGACGUGCGCUUCCUCAUCCCCGUCCUCAACGGGCUGGAGAAGAAAGAGGUGAUCCAGGCGCUGCCCAAGCUCAUCAAGCUCAACCCCAUCGUGGUCAAGGAGGUCUUCAACCGCCUGCUGGGGACGCAGCACGGCGACGGCGCCUCGGCGGUGUCCCCGCUGAACCCGGGCGAGCUGCUGAUCGCGCUGCACAACAUCGACUCCUCCAAGUGCGACAUGAAGUCCAUCAUCAAGGCCACCAACCUGUGCUUCGCCGAGCGCAACGUGUACACGUCGGAGGUGCUGGCGGUGGUGAUGCAGCAGCUGAUGGAGCAGAGCCCGCUGCCCAUGCUGCUGAUGCGCACGGUGAUCCAGGCGCUCACC